CCCACUUGCCCCCCCCUACUCGUCGCCUCCUCUCUCUCUCUCGCUAACCCCUCACUCUCCCCAUCGCGCCGGCUGGUUCCGGCCAGCUCCGGCCCGCGCGUCUCCCCCGCGAUCCCCGCCUCCUCUCCUGCCGCCGCCGCCGGAGAAGCUCGCCGCCGAUGCCGGUGACCUAGCCCGCGCGUCUCCCCCGCGACCCCUGCCUCCACUCCUGCCGCCGCCGCCGGAGAAGCUCGCCUCCGCGCCCACAAGCCUCGGAUUCGGCAGGAUCCGGGACGAGGAGGGGUGGAUGAGACGGGGGAGGAGGAGGAGGGGAGUGUGGGGGCGUCUGGGGAGGAAUAUCCCUGCCGCCUCCUCCACUCCUGCCUCCGCAAGCCGUCGGCUCCUCUCCUCUCCCCGUCGGCGCCAGCGUGCUGGUCGCGGGGUGUGAGGAGAGCGAGGAGAGGGAGGGGGAAGAUGCAUGAGGAGGAGGAGGAGGACCAGGCGGUGGCGCGCCCGCCGGAUCCGAGGCGCGUGGGAGGGCAGCAGUGGCGCGUUGACCAGAUCGAGAGCGACCCCGAUGGAGGGGAAGGGACCGGUAGGCGCGUGCAGGCUGCACAAGCUUGGGGGAUUGGGGAGAUGGCGGCCAACCGAGUUUCUUUGAUUGAUCUGGACAUGGCCAUGGCAGCGCACGCAAGGGGCGGAGGCGAGCGACCCUCUGGAGCCACGCACGUCGAGAGACCUGAGUGCGUCAUGUGCACCAGCAAGGUGUGCUUCCAUUUGGCAAGGGAGGAGCUCGAGCCGCAACGGUGGUCCACGGCGCCAUGGCCAUCCUCCUUGGCAGGAGGAGCAUGCGCCGCAGAGACGGCCGGAUCUGUCCAGCCCUCGCGCUGCUGUCCGUCCACCCUAGGGCGACCUGCUGAUUCCCGGAGCUCAUCACGCAUGAUGCAGAAAACGGAAGCCUCAUGAAGCCUGAUGCAUUACUACUCUGUGCAACAUGCAUCUCACCUUUUGUUGGUACUGGCUGUAGAUGCAGAAAACGGAACAUCUGCCUCCUUUUUUGGUGCGGAGAUGAGCCCCUAUGGUAUGCAAGUACAGGUCAUUUUAUAAGAAGGGGAUGCAUUAUUUUCUGGAUUGUGAUUCUCCGUACAGAACAGAGAAGUUUCUCCAAUUUAUUUCUUCCCUCGGAUUGGACUGAUACCAGUACCAACUGUGACUUGGCAUUUUUGAGUCGUCUUGAUACUUCCAUAGUAAUCUAACAAUGUCUUUGUAGUGGUUUACCUUUUUUUUUGCAUAGAUCAUCUAUUAUUGUUGUAAAAAAAUAACACUAAUGUAUAUCAUUAGAAUUUUGCAAGAGUAAAUAUAUAAGAUGCACAUCUUGUUUAUACAGUAUCCUCACUGAAAUCAUUCAGUUGGAGCAUGUGAAUAGAAAUAAAUGCCUGAAAUUUCGAUGAUCGUGGUUGGUCGCUUGCCACAGAUCAGCAGUGAGAUAUACAAUAUGGUCAGUUUACUUUUGCUAGGCCAUGGUUAGUUAAUCAUGUAUUGCCAGGAUUUUCCUUCGCGUCUAUUCCUUAUGGGUUGUUCUAGAGGCAAUUUGGAUUUCUCUUAGAUACAUCCAUGAGUAAGUAAUAUUUAGUAGUUAUCUUGACCUAUUAAUCCCAUUUGAUUGCGUUGCGGUAACAAGGAAGAAGGGUCGGUUUAUUUUCCACUGAGAAUAUAGGAUCAGCUAGGACUAAAAGGUCGGGUCCCCUCCUAUUCUUUGCAUUCAUUCAUUUGUCUAUUUGCUUGGAAUGCUUCUACAAAAGGACUAAGUUAUGACUGCUCACUGUCACUAUGUCAGAUACCAUUUUAUUUAUCUCAUUAAGUUGUAUUGAUUGGCAAAAACACCUCGCAAAUGCCAAAAAAUAAGCAACUCCUCUUGAUCAGCUCAAGAGGACCUCCAGUGGCUUCAUGGUAUUUCUUAAUGUAUCUAUAUACCAGCCGAACGGGCAAAUACUCAAGUGACUGAAUGUGGUGACUAUAAAAGUCAGAACCGGGUACUUUUAUCUCUUGUGGAGAAUAUAAAUAUUUUUGUGGGUGCUCUUGUGUACAUAUAAAAAAUUGAAGGUGGUCAUGAUUCAGCUGACUAGGUUUUUUUCUAUGUGAAGGAAAGAAAAAAGUUGGUACCUAAUAGAACCAAAGUAAUUGAUCCUCUUCUGUACAUUUGUAGAAAUAAAACAGAAUAGCUUGCAAAGUAGUUUUGAUAUCAUUUUUGGAAAUAGCAUACAGGUAGUCAUGUCAGGUUUUCUAUGAUCCAAAUAAGAGUACACAUGCCUUUAUUUUAACAUACAGAUUAAAUGUUGACAAGUACAUUUUGAUUGCUUAGUCAGUGUAUUGUCCGUUCAAAAAAAAGUCAAUGUAUUGAUAAUAGUUUGGCUUCCUUGGUAGUGUAGAUUCAAGGAAAUUUAUAAAAUUCAUCCAUUCUUUCUUCACUUUUUUGUAUUUAUAUAUGUUCUGUACUGUUGAGUUAACUCAGUUGCAGCUAUAAAAAGUCAAUGUAUUGAUAAUAGUUUGGCUUCCUUGGUAG